AUGGCGUCGACCGAUCUGUCGUUCGGCUGCAUACCGGCGUUCUACAGAGAAGUCUACGAGAAGAUCUGCUCUCCCACGAGCGGUAAUGUGGAACGAGAGGUGUUUAAAUCCCUCCUUGUCAAGUCUCAGCUGAGCAGCUCGGUUCUCAGCCAGAUAUGGGAACUGGUGGACAGCAAGACGGGCUAUCUGACGCGGAGCGGAUUGUAUAAGGGGCUUGCUCUAGUCGCGUUUGCUCAGCAUGGAAAACAACCCAGCGACAAGCUCUUGGAGAACUCUGAAUCUCAAGAAUUACCGGUUCCUGUUCUUGGCGACCUUUCGGAAGUGACGCUUCUGGCUCAGAGGUUGCUCAAAGGCAACAAUCCGGCUAAAUUGAACCUUACGUACACGGACAUUUGUAAUCUGGACACUAUAGAAGUCAAUCUGGUGCCAGAGAAGAAGGGGAUCUUUUUGAAGCACGUGGAGUACCAAGUGACGAGCAAGAGAUUUAAUUCCAUCGUUUAUAGACGCUACAAUGAUUUCGUAUCGUUACACGAGCUCCUCUUGGCAAGAUUUCCAUACAGGUUGAUACCAAAGCUUCCACCGAAGAAGAUCGUAGGAGCGGACUCUCAAUUCCUGGAGGAAAGAAGACGAUCCCUUUUACGAUUUCUCACGGUUAUCGCACGCCACCCAGUCGUGUGCAAGGAUCACAUCGUGCAAUUCUUCUUCACCUACACCGGCGAGGAAACACAGCACAAGAUUCGCGAGGUGUUCAGGCGAGUGCCGGACGAGUUCGCCACGUCGGAACUGUCCUCGAAAGCGAAGGAAUUGGUACCGCCGGAAACGUUGACAGAGUUCGCGAACAGCCGCGAUCAAAUCAGAGUGAUACUGCUUGGGAUUUCCCGGCUGAAGAAUAUCGCUGACUGUCUGGCGAUCAGAUCGCACAGCUACGCCGUGGACAUGGCGGAGCUGGGCACGCAGCUGAGUAAUUUGGCCUCCGAGCCGCAUGGCGCCACCGCUUGGGCCACCGGUGGGUCCACCAUUUGGCAGGAGAUGAAAAAAGGAUUUCAUAUAAUUUCGAAAGAGUUCAACUUGCUCUCGUCGAGAGCGCUUCAGCAGGCGGUCAGGGAAGAGACGAUGGUCUGCGAGAGGCUGAACCUGCUUCUGGACAUUCUGGUGGCGCACAGAAUAUUAUGCGAGAGGCACGAGCGGGGAGUGAGCGCCGAUCAUCAGCGGGCAUUAUCCACGAUGCUGUCCUUAAAGAAACGUCAAAUGCAAGGAGUCAUCCGCGGCACUGAUACGGACACGGUUGAAUACCUGGAAAACAAGAUGGUCGCCCAGGAAUCCGUGAUCGCGAAUGUGGAGCUACGGAACUGCUUCUCGUUACACUGUUUACACAUGGAAACGCAGCUCGUUCACGCGCAUUUAGAGAUACUCGCCACGGUGCUGCAGAGCCUCGUAAACGUUCAAAUACGCGGCCAUUCCGAGCUUGCCGAAGUGUGGAAAUUGAUAGAACCAACGAUCAUGAAGUGUUUGCCGGAGAAGUCGACGAGUGGAUCGAACGGAAUUUCAUAAGGAGGAGAAAGUCUCUUUCGCGUCAAGUAGCUCGUGUUUUGUGAUUAGAUCUUAACGACUAGUGCGCAAGGUAAGGAUACGGAAAAAGGAAGACUCGGAGGUAUAUUAUAACAUAGGAUUAUAUGCUACCGCCUCUGAAUCCGUACGAUUAAGAGAGCAUUAACUGUAUUCGACAAAAAUAUUAUAAGCGAAUUACGCGUGACGUUAAUAAACUGGAAUUAUUUUUAAAUAUCGUGGUGCAAUACAUAU